AUGAAGGUUUUCAAGCCAGUCUUAUUCCUGUUCUUCCUGCUGGGCCACGUAGUGGGUCAGAACGAUCCAGGUGAAGCGACUGAUGUGCCUGCAGAAGCCCCUGCUGGUCCUGGUGCUGAUACACCUUUUCCAACAAGCGCAGAAAUUUUGGAAGAAGAAAAGCAAAUGAACCAAGACAAUGAACCCGCCAUAGAAGUCGAAAAUAACCCAAAUACCCCGGCGAAUAACGAAACAAAUCCUGCCCAACAGCCAGAGUCUCCGGGAAAACCAGAAACGCCCGGAUCUCCACCUGAUGCCAACGAGUCUCCGGCUGAAGAGACUACAUCGCCAAGCUCAGGUGAACCAGGAGAUGAUACAACGUUAGAGACAAAUGCGCCAUCAGAGGGAUCUGGUCCAGGAGGGGCUGGAUCCGGGCAACAGAGUUCCCAGUCGGAAGUGGAAGAAACUCCCGUUCCAACCAAUCCCAGCGAAUCGGAAACGGAUGCGCCAACCGAUACCACAGGAGAGGGAGGAACCGAUGACUUUAACGAAGGCCCAGGGGGUGAGGAUGAGGGAGGAACCGAUGACUUUAACGAAGGCCCAGACGAGGGAGAAUAUGAAGGCGAAGGAGAAUGGGUUGACGAGGCAGAGGAAGAGCGAACAAAAGCACCUUAUGUACCUCCAACUGGAGAUGACCCGUUUGCAAAGCCACCUGAUGAGAGCGAAUGGUCAAACAGCGAGCAAUGGCCACAAGAAACUCCCGAACAAAUGAUGCACGACAAAAAUGUUAUCAUUGCAGUUUCGUCCGCUGUUCUCUUCGGAAUUGUUUUGGCUAUUUUCUCGGCGCAGCAAGUCAUUGAAAAUCCAGACGGUUGCUGCUCAAGAUUGUGCUGUGGCAACAAAGAUCGUCGGUCGCACGAUCUUAUGAUAGGGGAAAGCAACUCGUACACUCAUGAUCUGGAGUUGACCUAA